CUUUUGAAUACAGAAGAUGUCCUUCAAAAUCAUAAUUUUUUGCGCUCAAGCGUUUUUAAUGCAGAGCAUCACCGCACAGUAUAUCGGUAAUGCAUUUGCUGAAAACAUAGCUUGGAGUCCAUCUUACCCCAUGCCUUAUGGGCCUGUGCCAGUGCCGUACUCACCAGCCCCAGUACCUUUUACACCCAACCCACCAGCCCCAGUACAAUACGCAUCUGCCCCAGUGCCAUACGCUCCCACCCCGAUGUCAUACGCACCUACUCCUUCAUACAUGCCUAAUAGCUAUUAUGUGUCAAGUCCGUAUAACCCAGGAAGUCUAUCUGCAUCAAACGCAUGUGGUCUUGCCGUAUCCAGUUCAUCACCAAUGGCCCCAGUGGGUGUGACUAUGAUGUCAGAGAAUGCCUUUGAGGGUCCAUUAGCUGUAGCUGGGCAAAUUCCGUUCCUAGGAGCUAUUGGGGUAGAAGGUAAUCUUCCUACCUCUGGUGCUGGAGCUGUUUCAUAUAAUAGUGGUAAUGGCCAGGUUGCAAUUAUGGCUGAAGAUCUUGUUAGUUAUGGCUACCCAGGCUACUCUUAUGGAGCAAAUGGGUAUACCUUUGAAGGGUAUUAUUAAAAACUUGCAGAUAAUAAAUGUUAAUAUAAUGUUUCGUUAA